GUGCGAAUGGAAAAAGGCCAAACAAACCUGCUCCAGCAGUUCCUGAUACAACUGUGAAACGGUCAGUUUGUAGGCUACAAUGCAGUUUAACACACGCGCUCUGAGUUAAGUCUGUAAAUACUCAAGUUGUCCCAUGUUUCCUAAAAGAAAGUUCACAAUUUAACUCCACCAGAAUGCCGAGGAGUGUGACAGACACGGACGUUUUGAGAGAAAGUUUCGGUCGCUCAUAUUCGCCAGAGGAUAUGGAACAUACAGAAUCUCGUUCUGUGUCAGAAGAGGGACACGGUGCGAGUGUGGGACGGACAUUCACCACCCGGAGAGGCCCCAAACUGUGGUCCGUCGUCGUGAUGUCAGUGUUGAGUUCCGCCGUGGCAGUGACCGCUGUUGGUUGUUUGUGCGCCCUCAUCUACCCCAUACUCAAAGAGCUGCGGGCAGAGAGAUUGAGAGGAGAGGAUAGGACUGAAGAGAGGAUGUUGGGUUUCUGGAGUAUCCUGGUGCUGUCAGUAUUAGCAGGAUGUAUCUGCUGUGUCUUUUCAUGGACUCUCACCUACCUUGACUCACAGCAGAGUGGCAUCCCAGCACUGACACUCACCCACUUCAGAGAUGGUUUCCACAUGGGUUAUGGCGUUGCUGUCCUUAAUGGCAUAAUGGCCAUGCUCACUGUCAUCUGGAGCCUCACUUGACUCACACACACACACACACACUCCCGCAAUAGAAAUGCUUAGACUCACAGGUAUCUAAUACUGGACAGUGACCAGCUUUCAACACUGUACAGAGCUAUUUUUAUAUUUUUACCAGUUUUGUUGGAUCCCUUCUUUAAUCCGUGAUCUGUAUUUUUUGGUCAGACAAGACAAGCUGUUGUUUUUUUCACUUUUGGACGGACCUCAUCAUCAGGUAUCUCAGUCAACAGUCUCUAUGGAAACUUUGGAAAUCACUUUCAAUGCAGUGCAUGUCUUCAUGUACACUCCUACUGUAGUCAAGGCUGAACGUUAGAUCUGUGUCAUUAAAAGGGAACAAUUGAAAUUAUUAUUAGUAUUUUUUUUUAAUGUGGAAAGAAAGGGAUAUUGCCAUCAGAAAAGUUUGGAUUGUCUGUAUUUAUUGUGUGUAGGGUUGCAACUAACUAUACUAUAAAUACAUUAUUCCUCUUCUCCAUACCCCCACAGACACUCAUGCCCAUACUGUUAUGCCCCCGAAUGCUAUUGUUUACAAUGUUGUAAUUGUCUUGCUGUGUGUUGCUUGUAUGUGUAUUCAGUUUAAUGUUGCACAGUAAUCACUUGUCACCAAUGUGUCAUGUAUAUCACCAAUAAAAAAAAAUCAAAA